UGCCCCGCCCACUUCUCCUCUCACUUAUCGCUCCUUCUCUCGCUCUCUAUCUCCUUCUCUCUCGCUUUCCUGCCCCUCCUCCGGUACAAUAAGGCAGAAGUAGCAGCAGCAGUAGCAGUAGCAGUAGCAGCAGCAGUAGCAGUAGCAGUAGCAGCAGCAGCGGUGGCAGUGUCGGCAGGGUGUUGCUGAAGCUGCUGUAGUCAGGAAGGAGGGGGUGACGUCACGGUCUCUCCGCUCAACAGCAGCUGCAGCUCUGGGGAAGAAACGCGAGGAGGGAUAAGGGAGCGGAGCCGCAACACUUAGCUCCUCCGCUAACAUUUACGCCAUAGUCAUUAUUUAGCAUUGCUUUGCCUCAUGCACAGAGAAGCCCCCUAAUACUCUGCAGCAGCCCCUUCCUACUCAUUCGAACCCCGAAGAGCUGCAGCCGCUUUCCUCAGCCCCUCACCGCCUGCAGGAAUAGAGCCGACUUACACUCGGGAAGCAACUGAGCAGCACCUCAUACAACACUCCGCCUGCCGACCUCCUUCUCCCCGACCCCGGGCCCGCCAGCGCCUCUGUGGACUCUCACCUGCGCCAAUCGAGAUCAUGUGCGUCCGGACUGGGCACCGUUAAUAUGGGCUGUAUCGGGAGCAGCGGGACCGCUGAGAGGAGGAGAUUUGUGCAGAGUACUCCUUUAUUGGAAGCUCUACAUGUGGAGUGGAAUGAGGGAAGGUGUACUGCUGCACUUUUCCAUCAGAAAAGUUCAUCCUUUGUUCGAAGGUUUAAUCUGCGGGUCCCCACGGACAGCCAGGAGUUCCUGGAGGUGACACAUACCUUCCCUCACUAUGAAAUGUUACAUGUUGAAGAUACAGGUGAGAUGUUACCCAAGUCUCGAAGAGCACUCACCAUUCAUGAGAUUACAGCCUUGGCACGGUCCUCUCUGCACGGAAUCUCACAGGUGGUGAAGGAUCAUGUGACUAAGCCCACUGCUAUGGCUCAGGGACGUGUCGCACACCUGAUUGAGUGGAAGGGUUGGAGCAAACCCAGCGACUCUCCAGCUGCUCUGGAGACUCAUUUCAACUCCUAUUCCCAUCUAAGUGAGGGAGAGCAGGAAGCCAGAUUUGCUGCAGGUGUAGCUGAGCAGUUUGCAAUAGCAGAGGCGAAGCUCCGUGCCUGGUCAUCAAUUGAUGGGGACGAUUCAACAGAUGAUUCCUAUGAUGAAGACCUUCCUCCUCCUUGUGACCAUUCCCAGCCAUCAGAUUUCCUGACCCCUGUACAGAAGGAUCUGCUGCCCUCACAUGUCUGCUGUUGUGACAGUGACUCCUCCCGCACUCUGUCCCCUGAGACUUUGUGUUCCAGUCUGUGCAGCCUGGAUGAGGAGCAGCUUCUCUUGGGAUCUCCAGCUCAGUUAGUGGAGGAGCCUUUGCUGACCAAGCCUCAGUCAGUUAUAGGCCCUUACACUUGUCUCCAAGAUGUGGAGUGUGAAGACUCUUCAUAUUCUAUGUCAUUCUCUGAGUCUUGUUUAAGUCCCAGUGAGGAUGAGCUGAUUUCCUUCCCAGCAAUGAGCCAUGGAUCCGGGGUACUCAACUUGCGCAGAAAGGGGUCAGACGUAAUGUCUUCGGGGGUUGUUUCCCUGGAAGAAGAGGAAGAUGACCAACCUUGAUCAGUACUCAAAUUGCCACUGUAACUCCUCCCAAUUUUUCUUCCUCUUUUUGCCUUUUUUCCAUCCAUUAAUAUUUUUCAUAUAUGUUCCUUGACUCUUACAUUUUUCAACAAAUUAUAGGGAAUUAUCUUGAAUAACAGACCCACUUCUUAGCUUUUCUUUUUCAUUCCAGUUUUUAUCAUUUCAAAUAUGCCACUUUCUCUUCUUUACCUCUGCCUGCUUUGAUCUAACCUAUAUCUUACACUAUUUUUCUCUUCACUUGAGAGCUGUCCUCUUGUUCCGUUCCUCCCUUUCUACCUUUACUAUGCUCUUCUCAUUUCUUUUCCCAUCAACCCUAUAUUUGAUUGUUUUCAAUUUUGCAAGCCUUUGGUCUGUUUGCAUGAUUUUGCCAUGUGUCACGUAACUGCCUAGGUGGUGGGGUGGGUGGGGCCUCUCAGUUGUUCUGUGCAUGUCUUGCACCGCACAUGAUUCUUCUCCAAGUCCCUGACUUAUGCGCCAGUGUCCAGGAUCCUGGCUGGGGUCAGUGGCAGCAUGGCUUGUUCCUGUCACCCCCUUGGUUCUAUAUAUGACUCUUCAGUUCCCUCAUCUGCACCACAACAAAUUCCAGCUGCGAAAAAACAGGAGACACAGGGUUUUUUUGUGGAUUCUGCAGCCUCAGGAUUGUCACUGGAUUGCCACUGUGAAGUUUCAGUGACACUGUGGAGACCCUACUCCCCACAAGCUGUGGGGUCGCAUGCGGUGUGUGGAAUCCCUUCUUUUCUAUCGUUUUGUACGUGUCUAUUUGCUGCUCUUGAAAGGUCUCGUGCGGUAACAUCAACCGUUUGUAAUUCAA